AUGGAUGCAAUGUUAAAGGUCUCUCUUCGAUUGUCAUUGUUAGGUUUUCUGGUGAUCGCGGUCGUGACUCCAUCGGCGAACGCUUCAAGGAAGUCCGUCGUUCUCGGAGGGAAGUCAAACGUUCCGGGCGUUCAGACCAAUAUGGAAAUUCAAGAACUUGGAAGGUACUGCGUGGAGCAAUUCAAUCUACAGGAACAGAGCGAGCAAGGAAAUGUAGCAUCCGUUGCGAACACGGCCGUGUCGAAUCCGCUGAAAUUUAGCCGAGUUGUGUCGGCUCAGAAACAGGUCGUGGCUGGUACUAAAUACUAUCUAAGGAUUGAAGUGACUCAGCCCGAUGGCACGAGCAGGAUGUUUGACUCUGUUGUGGUUAUUCAACCAUGGCUCCAUUCUAAGAAGUUGCUCGGUUUCACUCCUGUUGCUAGUCCUAUCUACUAA